CCGGGCGCGCACCGGCUCUCGGGGGUGACCGGCCCCGCAGCCCCCACGCACCAUGGCCGGGCUCCUGCCGCUGCUGCUGCUCCUGCUCCCGGCGGGACCCACCUGGGGCGCCAAGGACAACUGCUUCACCAAGAUGUACACGACGAGUGGAGAGUGCUGCAGAGCCUGCAACCUGGGAGAGGGGGUGGUGCAGCCCUGCGGGGUCAACCAGACUGUCUGCGAGCCCUGCCUCGACAGUGUCACCUACUCGGACACGGUGAGCGCCACGGAGCCGUGCAAGCCCUGCACGCAGUGCGUGGGGCUGCAGAGCAUGUCAGCGCCCUGCGUCGAGUCGGAUGACGCCGUGUGCCGCUGCGCCUACGGCUACUACCAGGACGAGGCGAGCGGGAGCUGCAAGGAGUGCCGGGUGUGCGAGGUGGGCUUCGGCCUCAUGUUCCCCUGCCAGGACUCGCAAGACACGGUCUGUGAGGAGUGCCCAGAGGGCACCUUCUCCAGUGAAGCUAACUAUGUGGACCCUUGCCUUCCCUGCACCACCUGCGAGGAUCAUGAGGUGUUAGUGAAGGAGUGCACAGCCAUCUCAGAUGCUGAAUGCAGAGACCUCCACCCUCGCUGGACAACACAGACACCGUCCCUGGUGGGCUCUGACAGCCCUGAGCCCAUCACCAGGGACCCUUUCACCGAAGUGAUGCCCAGCACCCUGGCAGACACCGUCACCACCGUCAUGGGCAGCUCACAGCCUGUUGUGAGCCGUGGCACUGCUGACAACCUCAUCCCUGUCUACUGCUCCAUCUUGGCGGCUGUGGUGGUGGGGCUGGUGGCCUACAUUGCUUUCAAAAGGUGGAACAAUUGCAAACAGAACAAGCAAGGGGCCAACAAUCGCCCGGUGAACCAGACGCCUUCGCCAGAGGGGGAGAAGCUGCACAGUGACAGCGGCAUCUCGGUGGACAGCCAGAGCCUGCACGACCAGCAGCCUCCCAGCCAGAGCACCCAGGGGCCAGCACCCAAAGGGGACGGGAACCUCUACACCAACCUGCCGCCCAGCAAGCAAGAGGAGGUGGAGAAGCUGCUGGGCAGCUCCAUGGAGGAGACGUGGCGGCAGCUGGCCAUGGAGCUGGGCUACAAAGAGGACCUCAUAGACUCCUUCACGCGGGAGGAAUCGCCUGCCCGGGCUCUCCUGGCCGACUGGUCCUCCAAGGAGACGGCCACCCUGGACGCCCUCCUCACCGCCCUGCGCAAGAUCCAGCGCGGGGACAUCGCUGAGAACUUGUACAGCGAGUCCACCGCCACCUCUCCCGUCUGAAGGGUGGCCCGGGGCGGCCCAGCGGGGUCCCCUUCCCCCUUGACCCCCUCACCUCUCCCCUCCCCGGCACCGAGAGUCCUGGAGGAGAGGGUGGGAAGGAAGCGGGGGCUCCCCGGGCCUCCCCAGUUUAUGGCCCUGUAUGCACUGAGCUCCUGUUUUGGGUAUCGCCCCCUCCCAGCGCUGCCUCCCCCCAGCAGCCUGUGAGCAAGUCGAGUGCGGGGCUCAUCCUGCUCACUGCUUGGAGCCUGGCUGCUGCUGACGCAUCCGCUGCAGCCCCUGAGGCUGGGCAGCAGUCAGCACUGCACUCGGCCCUCUCCCCUCUCCCCUUUCCCUUUCCAGCUGCUUCCCCUUCCUCCUGGAGGCCCCAGUUCUCCUCUUCCUCCUGCCCAUCCUCCUCAGCCCUCCCCACCGCUCUCUCCUGCUCCCCUCCAGCUGCUUUCCCCAAACUGCAGGUGAAGGGCAGAGCUGGGAUGGGCACGGAGAGAACUGGAGCUGCUGUACCAGGAUAUGGGGAGGGGGCUGCUCCUACGGCUGGGCAGUGCCAUGGCGGGUGGGCUGGGGGAAAGGACUUGGCUUCCAGCAGCCCAACCCACACUGUGAAAUUUGGGGGGCACAGCCCCCAUGCAUGCACCACAGGGCUGCCAGUGUUGGUCUCAAGCAGGAGCAGCUGGGACCCCUUGAAUGCUGAGGGCCAGACAUCUGGGUGUCGCCGGUGCUGGAGCCCUGUGGGGGGACAUUGGAGGUCUAAAGGGCUGAAAAAGUGCCUGCACAUAGCGGGGACAUGACAAGGGCUCUGCUCAUCCUUCCCCUGGCACCAGGCCCAGCUUCCCCCACUGCGCCAGCCCCGGAGCAAAGCCACCCUCCCAUGACUCCACUGUCCCUCCUCGCCUGGAGAGACAGCUGGGGAUGGUGAUCCUGACCCCCUGCUUGUAAGGGCUCCUUCUCCUCCUGCGCUGUGAUGGGUGGCUCAGCACUGCUGCUGCCUGCUCCCCUGUGGGCCCCUGGGCUCUGCCCAGGCACACAGUGAGUGCUGCCCACCCCGGGUGCACCCUCUGCCUCCCAGGGCCAUCCCUGAGUCGCCCCUCAACCAGGACCCCACUGGCCCUGGGGAGGUGACAUCACUCGCCAUCUCCAGAGCUACAAGUGCGUUUCCUUGGCAUAUCAGCUCCUGCUUGCUCAGGGGCGACGCUGGUGAGCAGCGUGGGUGGGUGAUCACCCCGUGUCCCCAUGAGCUGCCAGUGUGUCCCAGGCCAUGGCCCCAGCACAGCUGUGGGGGGAGGUCUCGUGGCUGGAGCAUCAGGGAGUUUUUGCAACAGGAGGACUGUGAGGUGAGCUGGUGCACAGCCCCAGUGCCCAGAACGUCUGUGCUUACAGACUCUCCUUUCACCUGCAGAUUUGGUCAGAAACUCUUUUCUGAAGGCAGAAGGGGAUUUUCCUUCCUGCCUUAUGGGGAUAAGCAAGACUUGUAAAUAAUAUCUUGUCCUUUUACUAACUGCUUGAUGUUUCUAUGUGUGACCUGGGGUGACGGAGCCCACCCCAGCCCCUCUGCUCUUCCUCACAGCCUUUCCACCUGCAAGAUGAGCUUUCGUUUUGCAGCUGAAGCCUUUAGUCCCACCUUGUUUCUGGCCUUAAAGUCUCAGCAGGGAGGCAGGGAAACAGGCACACCUCAAAAAUCAUGGUGUCGGCUCUACAAGAAUAUUGGGAACAUGGAAGGAUUUGUCUGUUCCCAGUGAAGCUGUCAGGUGUUGGGAGGAGAGCUCAGCACUUUGAGGGACUGGAGCCUGUGUCAAUGGGAUCUGUGCACCCAGAUCCUUCAAAAAAAAAGGCUUUUGGGAGUUUUUCCCCCAGUGCUUUGGAUGAUAAGGCAGCACGGGUGCAAUCUGGAUCUCCAGGAUGGGAUGUUUGACACCUCCUGCCCUUGUGCAGCAAAAGAGCAAAGAUCCUUUAUGAGGAACAACUGCUGUGAUGCUUUGGCCGCUGGCUGACCAUGCCAAACCCAAUGGUUAAAAACGUUUGGCCCUGACAGGGCUGUGAGUGCCACUUGGGUCCAAGUCCUGAAUCUCUCCCAUCAGUAAAACACAACGAAACUGCCCCAGAUUUGCAACCCCACUUGCAGCAGGUGACGCCAGCUUGCCAGAGCAAGUCAUCCACGGGGAUGUUUUGGGAUGAAUUUCAACGCUGGUUGUCGUCAGGUUGUUUUCUGUCAGUCCGUGUUUCGGUUAAAGUGACUCAAAUAUAAACUAAAGGUGACUGGAAUCAAGUGCCCCGAUCAAAACCAAACCCAACUGCCCGACUCAGCCUGCCAAGCCAACCUGGCCAGACCCUGCCAGCUGGAAACUGCUUUUCUUCAGGACAGUAUUGCUGUGGUCUCAGGUUUCAAUUGCCAUAGUAAAAGGGUUUCCUCAGGGCUGAGGAAAUGGAGACAAACUCAGCAUCCAAAGAGAAGCCGGGGGAUGCCUCGAAUCCCUGGUUGCAGGAAAUAGAAUACAUAAAUAAUAACACACACACAAAAAAAACCCAAACGAGGGAAAACCAAGCCAAAGUUAGUGCUCAUCGGUACGUUUUGUGUCCUUUUCUAAUGUUUCUGUUGUACAAAGAACGUGUGUUUCUCCCCUCACCCCUCUGUGAUACCAGUGCUGGUUUGUUAGAAAGUUUUAUGGUGAGGAAAUAGCCAUUGUAGAAGGAGUCUGGGGAUUUGUGGG